AUGAUAGACAUAUCCUCAAAGUUAAGACGGGAUAGCCUGUCUGACACAGAUCUUAACCAAGACCCAAACCAAAAAAAGAUUAAUAGUGAGCCAACCAAGUUGCUUCUCUCAGAGAUCGCACUAGACCCUAUUAUACAGUCGUUGCCCCACGUUAAAGAUCUGAAUGUCAUUCAACCAGCGGAGGCUUUAGCUCUCUUGAAUAAACUUGCCACCGAGUUGCUCUCAUUGUAUGCUGAAUAUGAGCAGCAUGGGUCUAUGGAUUUAGCUCCAUUGCUGUACGACAGCUCAAAGUAUGCCAAGCCAGGUUCUGACAGUCAAGAAGAGUCUCCAACGCCUGUCUCCGGUUUUCUGGAGCGGAAACUUUCCAUGAUUGAUCACAGUGAUAUAGACAAGAUGUCUGAUUCGAGUCAAGCUGAUCAGUUCAAAAUUCGUACUAUUUCCAGCGAUUCGUUUGACAUACCGUUAAAGUCAGAAUCGAAGCUGGGUUAUAAUUUUGACGAUUUAGAAGAGGGUAGUUCGACAAAUGAAAGUUCCCUGAGCACCUUGAAUAACACCUACGUCGACAAUUCGGUCGAACAAACUUUCCAGAACGAGGUAAGCUUUGAAACUUGUACAAACAUUGUGAAAAUAUUCAACCUGAAAGCUAUACCGUCCCUUUCUAUCACCGCCUAUUUGGAAAGAAUUCACUCGCUGUUAUCUCCAUCGACUGCGGUCUAUCUUACGGCUUGUUUAUACUUAUACAAUUGUGCUUUUCAUUUCAAAACAGUCAGACUCAAGCAGAGGUCUCACUUCAGGCCGAGUCAACACACUAAUAUUACAAUGUUGCCGAUAAAUGAACUCAAUAUAUUCCGUUUAGUAUCUGCUAUUAUACGGAUUGCUUCUAAGUUGAUUGAAGACAAGAACUUUAAGCAAACAUAUUACUGCAAAGUCGCAGGGCUUCAGAGUAUGAAGGAGUUACAAAAUUUGGAACUAUCAUUCCUCUUUUUAUUUAAUUUCAAUCUGUUUGUGAGCCGGGAAAUACUUCUUUCUCAUUUGGAUCAGUUAUACGUUUUUUUCAACCGUCGAACCCAGCUUAACGUUUCUGUAUAG